GUGGGAGCAUCGGGACUCGAAGGCGCGAUCAGGCCUCGGCCAUGGCGGCGCACGGGAAGCUGCGGCGGGAGCGGGGGCUGCAGGCUGAGUAUGAGGCACAAGUCAAAGAGAUGCGCUGGCAAUUGAGUGAGCAGCUCCGUUGCCUGGAGCUUCAGGGAGAGCUGCGGCGAGACUUGUUGCAAGAGCUAGCUGAGUUCAUGCGGCGCCGGGCAGAGGUGGAGCUGGAGUACUCUCGGGGCCUGGACAAGUUGGCUGAACGCUUUGCCAGUCGCAGUGGUCGCCUGGGAGGCAGCAGCCGGGAGCAGCAAAGCUUCCGGAAGGAGCCAACUCUCCUGUCAUCCUUGCACUGCUGGUCUGUGUUACUGGAACACACACGGCAACAGAGUCGUGAAAGUGCCGCCCUCAGCGAGGUGCUGGCUGGACCCCUGGCUCAGCGCCUGAGUUAUAUUGCCGAGGAUGUGGGACUCUUAGUCAAAAAGAGUAAGGACCUGGUGCAGCAGCUGCAGGAUGAGCUACUGGAGGUGGUCUCAGAACUCCAGACAACCAAGAAGACAUAUUAUGUGUACCACUUGGAGAGCAUGAAUGCUGAGACCAAACUCCGGGAAGCUGAGCGACAGGAGGAGAAGAGGUCAGGCCGGAGUGCCCUGCCCACCACUACUGCUGCCUCUGCCAGCACCACAACUACUGUUACCACCAAUGAGACAGGACCCCUCCGAAAGAGCUCUCUCAAGAAAGGAGGGCGGCUAGUGGAGAAGCGUCACGCCAAGUUUUUGGAGCAUAAACUUAAGUGCACCACAGCCCGAAAUGAGUACCUGCUCAGCCUAGCCAGUGUCAAUGCUGCCGUCAGCAACUACUACUUGCAGGGUAUCUUGGACCUCAUGGAUUGCUGUGACACAGGUUUCCACUUGGCCCUGGGGCAGGCCCUCCGGAGCUACACAGCUGCUGAGAACCGCACUCAAGCCUCCCAGAUGCAAGGAUUGGGCAGCCUGGAAGAGGCUCUGGAGGCCCUGGAUCCUCCAGGGGACAAAGCCAAAGUGCUUGAAGUUCAUGCCAUGGCCUUCUGUCUCCCACUACGAUUUGACUACCAGCCCCAUGAAGGUGAUGAGGUGGCUGAGAUCCAGGUUGAGAUGGAACUUCGGGAUGAGAUUUUGCCCAGAGCCCAAAACAUCCAGAGUCGCUUGGACCAAAAGACCAUCGAGACAGAAGAGGUGAAUAAGACACUGAAGGCAACACUUCAGGCUCUGCUAGAAGUGGUAGCAUCAGAGGAUGGGGACAUGUUGGACUCUUUGCCGGCCAGCCCCUCCACUGAGUCCCUCAAGUCCACAAGCUCAGACCCAGGCACCAAACAGACAGGCCGCAGACGGAGCCAGCAGCAGGAGACAGAGACCUUCUACAUUACGAAGCUGCAGGAGUAUCUGAGUGGCCGGAGCAUUCUUGCCAAGCUGCAGGCCAAGCAUGAAAAGCUGCAGGAGGCUAUACAACGAGGUAACAAGGAAGAGCGAAAAACAUCUUGGACCCAGUGCACAGAGAGAAAAUUUCACAAGAGCCACCACCCUCGUCCUAUCUCCCAGUAUAACCAGAGACUCUUUGGAGGUGACCUGGAGAAGUUUAUCCAGAGCUCAGGCCAACCUGUGCCCCUUGUGGUGGAAAGCUGUAUCCGUUUCAUUAACCUCAAUGGCCUGCAGCAUGAAGGCAUCUUCCGGAUAUCAGGUGCCCAGGCCCGGAUCUCUGAGAUCCGAGAUGCCUUUGAAAGAGGGGAGGACCCUCUGGUGGAAGGUUGUACUGCUCAUGACCUAGACUCAGUGGCUGGGGGACUGAAGCUGGAGCUCAGGAGCCUGGAGCCCCCACUCUUCCCCUUGGGCAUGUUUAAUGAGCUUCUGACUUCAGCAGAACUAGAGGCUGUGGGUGAGCGGGUGGAGCCUAUGAGCCAUCUGUUGUCCAGACUGCCCAGACCUGUGCUAGUGGUCCUGCGAUAUCUCUUCACCUUCCUCAACCACCUGACCCAGUACAGCGAUGAGAACAUGAUGGACUCCUACAACCUGGCUGUAUGCUUUGGGCCCACACUGUUGCCUGUGCCUGCUGGGCAGGACCCUGUAGCCUUGCAGGGUCUAGUGAACCAGCUGGUGCAAACUCUUAUCCUGCAACCAGCUCGAGUUUUCCCACCCCUGGCCAUACUGCCAGGCCCCAUCUAUGAGAAAUGCAUGGCACCACCUUCUGCCAGCUGCCUGGGGGAUAGCCAGUUGGAGAGCCUUGUUGGGGAGCCAGAGCUGGAGUUGGAAGCUGGGACCACAGCUCAGGAAGAUGACCCGGAGGGAGAUGUGGAGGCUGUGGCCUGCUUUGCCUACACUGCCAGCACAGCCCAGGAGCUGACAUUCCAGCGAGGGGAUGUGCUACGGCUGUAUGCUCGGGCAUCGAGUGACUGGUGGCGAGGGGAGCAUGCUGGUGUACAGGGACUCAUUCCCCAUAAGUACAUCACACUGCCUGAGGGGCUGGAACUAGGCACCCCACCUGAGGCUGUGGGCCCUUCUGGGCACAGACGACACUGUUUGGUUCCCACCUCCCCUGAGCAACAUGUGGAGAUGGAUAAGGCUGUGGCGCAGAACAUGGACUCUGUGUUUAAGGAGCUCUUGGGAAAGGCUGCUGUCCGCCAGGGACAUGGGCUAGCCUCUACAGCCUCCCCAAGUCUAGGAACCAGAAACCUGAAGCCCCUGGCCUGCAGCAACUUCGGCAAAACCAAAGUCUUCUCCCGGGGACCUGGCACUCCAGUUUCCCCCUCAGCCUCCCACCCCCAGGGUCCAGACUCACAGCUUACCUCCAUCAGUCACCAGCCCACCAUUCCCCUUAGGCCUAUUGCCUCUCCACAUCCCUGCUCUAGGGGUCUUUGGGAAGUAGCAAAAGAAGGAGGCUAG